GUUUCCAAUACUUGGCUUUAUGUUAUCAACUUUAUCCCUCCAUAUUCUAACGGCCUCGGCCUCAGAUCCAGAUCCUCUUCAAGAUUUUUGCAUCCCCAAUACAGAAUUCAGUUCUACAAGAACAACCAGAUUUAACAUCGUAACAUGCAAAAAUCCGAAGGAAGUUAGUCCAGAAGAUUUCGUGUUUUCAGGCAUAAAAUCACCUGGAAAUUUCUCAGAUACAGGCUUUUCAGCCAUAUCCGUGAAUCCUGUAGUAUUUCCAGGACUCAACACGCUUGGCAUGUCAUUAGUACGUGCUGACCUUAAGGCCGGAGGCAUCAAUGCACCACAUUUCCACCCCAGAGCCACAGAAAUCGCAUACGUUGUGCAAGGAAAAGUUUAUUCCGGUUUUGUGGAUUCGAAAAACAGGGUUUUUGCCAAAAUUAUUGAACAAGGAGAGGUGAUGGUGUUUCCUAGAGGUCUAGUGCAUUUCCAGAUGAAAGUUGGAAAAUCUCCUGCAACAAUCCUUGGAAGUUUUAACAGCCAAAAUCCUGGAACACACAAAAUCCCAAAUAUUAUUUUUGGUUCUGGAGUCAAUGACGAGCUCCUGGAAAAGGCUUUUGGCUUAAGUCUUGAGCAAAUUUCAGUCAUGAGAAGGAAAUUAAUCUUUCCGAAAAAACAAAGCAAAUUUUGAUUUUGAAGGUUAAAUUCGUGGGGACAGUUUAACCCCUUUUUUUGGUGUAGAGUUUAUUUUGGAGAAGUAGAUUAAUGGAAAAUAUAUGAUUAAAAAAUAA